AAAAAAAUCAGGCCGAACCACGUUAUGCCUAGAUCAAUGGAUCCCCUUCUUCUUGGACGUAUAAUAGGAGACAUUUUGGAUCCCUUUACAAGUUCUAUCCCUCUAAGGGUUGUCUAUAACAAUAACUCAGAAGUUAUCAACUGUUGUGAGUUCAAGCCUUCCCAAAUCGUCAACAAACCAAGAGUUGAUAUUGGUGGAGAUGACCUCAGGACCCUUUACACUCUGAUCAUGGUGAACCCUGAUGCUCCUAGCCCAAGUGACCCCAAUAUGAGGGAAUAUUUGCAUUGGUUGGUAAUCAAUAUUCCAGCAACUACAGGGGCAAGCUUCGGACAAGAGAUUGUGAACUAUGAAAGUCCACGACCAACAUCAGGGAUUCAACGUAUUACUUUUGUGUUGUUUCGACAAUUGGGCAGACAAAUUGUUCAUGCUCCAAGAUGGCGCACAAAUUUCAACACUAGAGAAUUUGCAGAGGUUUAUAAUCUUGGAUUACCAGUUGCUGCUGUGUAUUUCAAUUGUCAACGUGAAAGUGGUUGGGGUGGAAGAAGGAUGUGAUUUGAAGACCCCUUCUUUGAUAGCAUUAUAAUUAAGCAAAUAAUCACAUUAAUAAUAUGUGUUGAUGGCAAUGAUACUGCGUUGUCCUAGUCAAACUCUAUAAAUUAUUCGAAGCCUCUUUAAACUUCCAAGUUUGCUUCAUUAAUUUGCUGCUACAUAAAGCUGUGCUAUGUAAGGAAAUGGUAUGUAAUUUAUAUUUUAACUAGGAAAUGGUGUUCGUACUUAUAUGUAAGGGCAUAUAAUAUAUAUUAUCACAAUACUGAUAUAUUCACAUUGGAAUUUUUACACCA